UUUCACAGUGGUCACCCUUUCGUUAACUGUUCACGCUCUUUGGCCUCUAGGCUACAGAGGAGGUACCUGAACCCAGCUGUGCAUUGAAUGGAGGAGAAGGGGUCCUUGUGUCAAGUGGAGCAGCUGCCCUGCGCAUGCCUGCUGGAGCUGGGUACUUACGGGCACCACACGCAGACAACCACUCGCAGCAGCUGGACGCCCGGAGCGUCGGUCAGACACAGAGCUAACGGGGCGGUGGGCGCGUGGUGCAGCAGCCCGGACUGCAGAGCUUCCAGCAGGCUGGAGGGACCCGAGCAGCCCCACAGAGGGGGCGGGAAGGUGCUGGUGACAGGGGGCGCAGGAUUUUUCGGCUUCAGACUGGGGAGGGCUCUGGCCAGGCAGGGCACCAGUGUCAUCCUGCUGGACCUUCUCAAGCCAGCCUGGGACAUCCCUGAUGGAGCUGUAUUCCUACAGGGUGAUGUACGCGACUAUGACACUCUGUAUAAAAUCUGUGCUGGAGUGGACUGUAUAUUCCACACUGCUUCGUAUGGCAUGUCGGGCCCAGAGCAGCUGAAGAAAGAAAAAGUGGAAUCUGUGAAUGUUGGUGGCACCAACAAUAUGAUAAACGUGUGUUGUGAGCGCGGUAUCUCCAGACUGGUCUACACCAGCACAGUAAAUGUGGCAUUUGCGGGGAGGCCCAUUGAGGACGGGGAUGAGGACUCCGCACCCUGCGUGCCUCUGCACAUGCAUAUAGACCACUACUCCAGAACGAAAGCUAUCGCCGACAGCAUGGUCCUAGCUGCCAACGGAAGAUCAUUAAAAGGUGGAGGUCUGCUUCGGACGUGUGUGUUACGAUCCUCUGGCAUCUACGGCCCGGAGGAGAGAAGGCAUCUACACAGGGUGAUGGUGAACGUGGAGAGGAGGUUGUUCAGUUUCAGUUUUGGGGAUCCCAAUGCCAGGAUGAAUUGGGUGCAUGUGGAUAAUCUGGUGAUGGCCCACCUGCUGGCAGCGGAGGGCCUCACGCCAGAGAAAGGCUGUGUGGCAAACGGACAGGCGUACUUCAUCAACGACGGUGAAUCUGUCAAUGUCUUUGAAUGGAUGACUCCUCUGUUUGAAAGACUCGGCUACGGUCGACCGCUGAUCCGCCUCCCGGUUUCCCUAGUGUACUCAGCAGCUGUUUUAAUGGAACGACUGCAUGUGGCUCUGAGGCCUAUAGUGGAGAUUCCUCUACUUCUCACCAGAAACGAGGUAAGAAACAUCGCUGUCAGCCUCACGUUCAGUAUCAAGAAGGCACGUCGGGAGCUGGGCUUUUCCCCAAAGAAGUACAGUUUCAUUGACUCAGUGGAUGAGUACCUGCAGAGCCGACCGGUUCGCUCCAGUUCCUCCCUGCUGGACUCACGGCCCUUCCUCUUUUUCCUGUUCAUGAUGAUGGUGGUGGGGUUAACCAUCCUGGUGCUCUGGUGGCAGCAUUAACCCGAGCACCUCAGCCCCAGGGUCCAGUUCUUCAGUACAGUGACCUCUCUGGAUCAUGUUUAGCUCUGCAGUGAGUUGUGAGGUGUAAAUAAUAUGGUGAGUCAGUGGGACUGCAAAGAGUAAUUGAAAAAGUAAACAAAACAAAAACAAAAGCACUCAUGCUCUGUAAUGUUCAUAUAAUACUUAUGAUCACUGUGACAGA